CACCCUCAUAUUUUUCUCUUCCCCCACAGCACAAUGGUGCCGCACAUCAUUUACGGCAUCAUCUUUGUGAUGCUGUUUUUCUUCACCAUCUUCCCGACGGCCGAGAUGGAAUCGGUCGGGCUGACGGUGGACCAUCUCUGCUCGCGCUACCUGUCCGCCGACACGGACUACGUGAUGUACCAGCUAAAAUCGACCAGCGUGAAGCUGCUGAUCCACUCGGCCAUGCCGUUCAUCUACGUCCUCUUCAUCUGGCUGAUGAUGUGGGCCAACCCGGACGAGAUGAUGGUGGUGCAGCGGCAACCAUCGCCGUUGGGGGAAACGGUCUGGGAUGUGUUCUGUAGCGCUGCCGGCACGCUGUUGAUUGUGGCCGCUGUGACCGUUUUCUACUGGGCCCAGGACGGUUGGAGCAAUCAUCCGAUCGCGAAGCAGCUGCAGCUGCUGACCAGCGCCACGCUGCCCGAUUGGCGAUCCGUUGCCACCAACAUUAACGACGAGUAUCGAAGGGAUACCAAAAUUAUCAUCCGUUCCAACGCUAUCUCGACCCUGGUGGUGACGGAAAGUUGGAUCAUUAAAACGAACAUGUACGUGCACAAUAUCAUCCCCCAGAGUGAAGCACUGCUGUACGCGUACAAGGUGAGUGGUAGGAUGCUGUUCCUCCUGUCCCGUCCCCGAUCUCUAAUUUCCGCUCCCUGUUUCGCCUCACACACCGCAGAUCGACACCAAGGAGGUGAUCACCGACACGCUCGAGUCGGCCGAGUUCGUCAAUAUCGGCGUGAAGCCCCAGCAGCAGUCCCGCAUCAAGCCGUUCAUCAUACGCAUCAACGUGGUGCACAUCAAGGAUCUGCGCGACCGGCUGCAGCAACCGAUCCUGGUGAUGCCCUCGGUGCAGUUCCGCACCCUGACCGAGCGGUUCGUGGAAGCGUUCAAGGAGGAGGUCGCCCAAAACCCGACCGUGCCGAGCGCGUACGUGCCGGACGAGGGCGACUGCUGCUUGGCGUGUCUGCAGGCCCAGCCGGACGUCAAGAUUGCCAAGUACUGUCUGGAUGUGGACGCGGCCGGCUCGGUACUGCCCGAGCAGGAGCGCUGCCAGCCGUGCGGCUGCCGGCCGCUCUGGUGCGUCAGCUGUCUGGCGACGUGGUUCGCGUCGCAGCAGCAGCGGGCCGAGCGGGACACGUGGCUCAGCAAGAAGACGACCUGUCCGAUGUGUCGGGCACGGUUUUGCGUGCGCGAUGUGUGCUAUCUCGAGGGACGCCGGACGCCGCCCGCACAGGAGGGGGAGGAGGAGGUGCUGCCGGAGACGGAGCAAUAAAUGUGUAUACACUGUACAGCGUGAGUCUUUGUUUUCCCCUCCAGGAUGACCGCCAAAAAGGGGAAGUUUUACAUGCACGGGGAGGGGAUGAGUACUUGCGCGAGUUAUGUCAAAAUAAUUCAGAAAAUUCCAUUUUCGUGCUGGGUGCAUGUGUGUGAGUGUAUAUCAUCAGC